GUUAUUUAGAUACCGAAGAAGGAAAUCGUUUGGAAAAACGUUUGGAAAAGCUUGCCAAAGUUUAUGCUACUCAUGCAAACCCUGAAAAUAACCCACAAGGUGGAUUAAAACCUCCUUUAUCUAUGAUGCAUAGAAGGAGAGCUUCUGAACAGUCUAUUGUUAAAUGGGAAGAUGAUGCAUCAGUGACAAAUUGUCCUUUAUGCGAGAGUCAAGAAAUAGUUAAUCAGACACAUGCCGAUUAUCAGCUCGCAGCACGAACGCGAAAAGAACUUUUGGAUAAUUUUGCUCAAUUUGAUUCGAUUAGUAAAAAAAUUAAUUCAUUACUUUCGCGUUCCAAGUCUGAAAAACGAUUACAAGCCAAUAUUCAUUUAGCAGCAAACCAAUAUCUUCAACAAAAUAUGUUACCACUUAAAGUUUUACCAAAACUUCUUAAGAAAGAUCAUGACAAUGAACAUGAAUAUGAUUAUCAUCACGAAUCAUCACCAGAUAUGCUUCUUUCAGUGUUCGAGAAUGGUAGAACUCGAACAAUUUCUACAUCUUCCACUAAAUCGGUAAAAGGUGAAGAAAAAAUUAGAGAACAAUUAGAAGUACUUUUGGAACAAGAAAAAUUGGUUCAAGGUUAUAUCGUAGAGGCGACUAAGCAACGUAAAUUUGAUGACGUAAAAACUUUAAAGACUUCAUUAGAUGAAUUAAAAGUAGAAAUUAACAAAACAAGAAAGGAACUUGGUGAUUUAUGGGCAUGA